AUGGCUGCUGGGGAUGGAGCCCAGCUGCCUGCCACAGUAGCGGCCAGUCGUAGCGUGGAAAAAGCGCUCGAGGAGGCUGCCACGAGCGGGGCUCUCAACUUGUCAAACCGUAAACUGAAGGAGUUUCCUCGGAGCGCCAAGAACUAUGACCUUCUGUCAGACCAGGAACUGUUUCCAGGUCAGUUAGGAGGGCUGGACUCUGGCUUCAACAGCGUUGACAGCGGCAGCAAACGAUGGUCUGGGAACGAGUCUGCUGACGACUUCUCAGAGCGCUCCCUCCGCAUGGCUGAGGUCAACAGAGACCAAAGUAACCUGGCGGAGGAAGAAGAGGAAUCCAAUAGAGUGAAUGGAAAUGCGGAGCAGGUUGACUUCAUUGACAGCAGUGUGACCGAGGAAGAGGACGACAUCAGGACCAAUACAUCCAUGCCUCCUUCGGAUCAGAAGGACAGAUCGUCACCGUUGCAAUCCCAGGAGUCUACAACAUCCAGAUCUAGCCUCCACAUCGAGCUGGGCUCUUCAUCUUCAGCCUCCUCGUCUCCUCUGUCCCCCUCCAGCCCCUCCCUAGAGGAGCGAAGGAGACCUGGUACCUUGUUUAUCUGGCAGGAGAGAGAACGGCUUCAGCAGCAGCAAAGGGAGAAAGCAAGUUCGCUGAAGUUCUCCACCAAAACAGGAAGUCAUGUGGCCACUGCACAGCAGAUGGGAAGUAGUUCAUGUGGUACAUCACCAGAAAGCAGCAAAGCAGAGAAUGGCACAUCUGGCCUGCGACACAGAUGUGCAAGCGCUGACCAAAUGAGCACAGGCGCUCCUUCAGUCUCUCUGCAGCGAUCGAGCAGCAAGACAGAUUUCCCGUCCUCCCCCAAGACGUCCCCUCCUCCUGGUCAGGCCCAGAAACCCAGCAGCUUCCUGUUUCGGACGUCCUCUCACAGCAGCGUCAAACCCACAGGGGCCAUCUUUUCUCUUGGGGAGUCUGGCAGAAGCGAGUCUCGCACGACGCUGCGCUUGCCUAAAGAGGAGAGACCGGACAUCACUCAGCUACGCAAGACUCUAGAGUCCCGGCUGAAGAUCACUCUACCAGAGGAUAUGGGUGAAGCUCUGGCCAAUGGCACCAUCCUCUGCCAGCUGGUGAAUCACAUCCGCCCACGCUCCGUGUCCAUCAUCCACAUUCCUUCCCCAGCAGUGCCCAAACUGAGCCUGGCAAAGUGUCGACUCAACGUGGAAAACUUUGUGGCCGCCUGUCGCCGGCUGGGAGUCCCCGAGGAUUCUUUGUGUUCCCCUCAACUCAUCAUGGAGGACGAAGGCCUGAGUCGGUUGGCCCAGACUGUCCAGACGUUGUCCGAUCUGGCAGACCAGCGAGCCCCAAAAACAUGAAGCCUUUGUGGCUGCUAGCUCAAAGCAGUCUCGGCACCCCAGUGCCACGCCAGCAGUAUCUCAGGGCCAGUGUUUUAUUUUUAUAUGCUUCAUAUUUGAUCAACUUUACAGAGUUUGUAUUAAGAACAGCUUUCAAAUUUCAUAAAAAAGGUAACGGUUCAAAUAGAUCUGUAAAUCACUCAAGCGCUCGUUGUAGCCGUGCCAUUUUAGAGAGUCUGUGACGUUUUUGUGUACCUGUAGUCGUACUGCAGUGAGUUCAAAACAAACACAAGUGGUUAAUGAACAAUAAAAAAUAUAUCAAAGCUA